CCUCGUUAUUUAUUAAUUUCGACCUCUCGUUCUUAUUAAAAUAAUUAGAUUGGAAAAUGAACCACAGCCACCGGGGACUGGGAAUGAUGACUUCAGAAGAAUGCCAGAGCAGAAUUUGCCUAUUAGACCUGGUGUUCCCCCUCGUGGAGUUGGUUUGCCCCCGGGCCCCCCUCCAGGGACUAGGAUGCCCCUUCUACCUGUACGUCCUGGUGUACCCCCUGCAGGAGUAAGAAUGCCCCCUGGACCUCCCCCUGGAGUACCCCCAAGGAUUACGCGUCCUCUCCUACCUAAGCCACUAGGAGUAGUAUCAGCUAAACCUCAGAUUAAUAAGUCUGAAGUCAAGUCAGACUCCGUGAUAGAGAGCGCGCCGGUCAUGCGUAAUCUCAAGAGUGAUGUCACCAGGUUUAUUCCAACAAACCUUCGUAUAAAGAGAGACGGUAAUAAAGGAAUAAAGAAGAAAGAAGAACCACAUCAGAAACCAGCAAUGUUUACACAACAGAAGGUUGUGCCUCAAGAGAAGACGAAAGACGAUGCUUACAAUGACUUUAUGCGGGAAAUGAAAGAUCUUCUGUAAUAAAUUUAUCAACCUCCAUUUAACAGAAGCAAAUCAGUUCGUGGUUUGUUUCCAGUCACUUUGUUAAAAAAUACUAUUCCUCAAAUCGGAAUCAAUAUUAAUGUUCUUAAAG